AUGACGGUGGUCGGCUCUCCUUCUGGCUGCCCUUCUUUUUCUUCUUCAGUGAGAGUCGAAGGUGUGGGUACUCGUUUAUCAUCCGGAAUCAACACUCAAGAUGUCAAUCCCGAUCAAACUAUCAUCGUCCGGCCAUGUGUUAGCGAUUGUAAGGUCGGAAGCCAGGCGAGGCCAUGUUGCAACUGUGACUUGAACAACAAUCAUCCAGUCUGCAGGCAGUGUUCCGAAGAACGACUGAAAAUCUCACUUAGCUUAUUGCUUCAAUGGCCGCUCAUCAAUCGAGGACAACGGGUUUCCCUUCUCUUCUCCUUGUUUAUCUUGAGCUCCGUUUCUUCUUCUCCUCGAAGUUCUGGAGUCUUUCUCCCGUCAGAUUCCGACAAAGUCUCCUUAGAUUUUUAUUACGAAUCUCUGUGCCCAUUCUGUGCUAGAUUCAUUACCAAAUUCCUGGUUAAGCUCUUCGAUUCUGACCUUAUCUCCAUUGUUGAUCUCCAUCUCUCCCCUUGGGGAAACGCUAAAAUUAGAGGCAACUCCACCUUCGAUUGCCAGCAUGGUCCAUCUGAAUGCUUGCUGAAUACCGUGGAGGCUUGUGCAAUUGAUGCCUGGCCUGAGCUGAAUGAGCAUUUCCCUUUUAUAUAUUGCGUGGAGAGUUUGAUGGUCGAGGGCAAGCACACAGAGUGGAAGUCGUGCUUUGAGAAACUGGGAUUGGAUCCGAAACCUAUUUUGGAUUGCUACGACAGUGAAUAUGGGAAAAAGGUUCGUUUCUCUGCUUUGACUUGAUCUUGUUUAUUCUAA